UUGAGCGCUGGGGUGGGGGGAAGAAGAACAAAUCUGCUAAAACUUUCAGACGAGAUCGGCCACCAGGGGGUGGCGGGAAGGAAGAGACCGCGACGAAGUUGGGAGCGCUGGUCAAGAACGCUGCCAUUCCUCUCAGCCAGCUUUGCAGAAAACGAGCGCGCCUCGCUUUCUAUUCCUUCCUUUCCGCCUUGGGCUACCGCAGCCUCCCCGUGGAUUAUCACCGGAGCUACCGUCCUUGUGUUGCUUGCGUCGUUCUUUGGGGGAGACUCGGUGGCUUUGGCUUGUCAAGUUUGCUCCGGUUUCCUUUGCGAGGAGGGAGGGAAACUCAUAGAGAAAGGAGCAUCUCAAAGGAUACAGAAAGCCUCCUCCCCCCAAACCGUCCUCACUGGUGGCCUUUUAAUUUUUUUUUAUUUUUUAUUUUUUUUGCGUCUUUUCCCACUCCCUUUGUCUCUUUCUGCUUUCCUGCCCGGUCCAAACCUUCCCCCCUCCCCCUUCGGAGUUUCGACAUGGUGACUAUUGGGAGAAAGAGGAGGACGAGAGCAUGAAGCCUCCAGGAUGGGCGCAAACAAUGGCAAGCAGUACGGCAGCGACGGUAAAGGCAGCUCAAGCAUCUCAUCCGACGUGAGUUCAAGUACAGACCACACUCCAACCAAGACUCAAAAGAAUGCCGCUACCAGUGAAGAUUCCGACCUGAGCAUGCGCACUCUGAGCACUCCCAGUCCUGCGCUAAUAUGUCCACCAAAUUCACACAGCUUGCAGAAUGGAAAAGAGUCUUCUACAUCUUCCUCUUCGGUCACCGGGGAGACCAUUGCGAUGGUUCACUCACCUCCUUCCCCCUGCCUCACCCACUCUCUUAUUCAUGCUGCCUCUUGGCUUCAGAAAGAACAAGCCAAUAUCAACCGGCUUCCUGACCUUUCGGUGAUCCAGAUAUUUUCUUUUUUGCCCACCAAUCAGUUGUGCCGGUGCGCCCGCGUGUGCCGUCGCUGGUAUAAUCUUGCUUGGGACCCACGACUUUGGCGAACUAUUCGCCUGAUAGGUGAGACAAUCAACGUGGACAGGGCUCUGAAAGUGCUGACACGACGACUUUGCCAGGACACCCCAAACGUCUGUCUCAUGCUGGAGACGGUAAUUGUUAGUGGCUGCAGGCGGCUCACAGACAGAGGACUUUAUACCAUUGCUCAAUGCUGCCCAGAACUGAGGCAAUUGGAAGUAUCAAGUUGCUACAACAUUUCCAAUGAGGCGGUUUUUGAUGUAGUGUCCUUGUGCCCAAACUUGGAACAUUUAGAUGUAUCAGGUUGUUCCAAAGUGACGUGCAUCAGUUUAUCCCGUGAAGUUUCCAUCAAAUUAUCUCCUUUACAUGGCAAACAGAUUUCUAUUCGCUACUUGGACAUGAGUGACUGUUUUGUCCUUGAGGAUGAAGGACUGCACAUUAUUGCCACCCACUGCACUCAGUUGACACAUCUCUAUUUGCGCCGCUGCAUCCGCAUUACCGAUGAAGGCCUCCGUUACCUGAUGAUUUACUGCCCUUCCAUCAGGGAGUUGAGUGUGAGCGACUGCCGCUUUGUCAGUGACUUCGGCAUGCGUGAGAUUGCAAAGCUGGAGUUCCGCCUGCGGUAUCUCAGCGUUGCCCACUGUGUCCGCAUCACUGACGUCGGUAUCCGAUACAUCACUAAAUACUGCAGCAAGCUACGUUACCUCAAUGCGCGAGGCUGUGAAGGCAUCACAGACCACGGAAUAGAGUACCUGGCCAAAAAUUGCACAAAACUGAAGUCACUGGACAUUGGGAAAUGCCCUCUGGUCUCUGACAUUGGCUUGGAGUUUCUGGCCCUGAACUGCUUCAACUUGAAGCGACUGAGCCUGAAGUCAUGCGAAAGUGUCACUGGACAAGGCCUGCAGAUUGUAGCAGCCAAUUGCUUUGACCUGCAAAUGCUGAACGUUCAGGACUGUGAGAUUUCAGUGGAAGCUUUGCGAUUUGUUAAGCGCCAUUGUAAGCGCUGCAUUAUAGAGCAUACUAACCCUGCCUUUUUUUGAAGUGAGAGUCAUACCUGUUGCUGAAACAAAAGAUUAAAAUUGUUUGUAUGUA